GGUGUAUUCAACCAGAAAAUAGACACCACGGCAAUGUGUUAUUCUUCAGCUCAAGUGCCCAUGGGGCCGUAUUGUGUAUUUCUCGCAUAGGUAACGGCUUGAAUGUCUAAAGUGUACACGUGAUGUAUCAUUAUUACCAGUGCUAUUAUUUACUGUCAGGUCUACUACGUAUGCGCGCAUCGUUGCACUAAAACAUAGCAACGCAUCUCUUGCCAUCGGCACGACUCGCGCGGGCUAACACACAGACGAACAAUAUACAGCAAAUGUUAGGCCGAGCUGGGGCCGCAUCGGGAGGGGUGCAUCAAACUUAUGCCACCCUCGGCUCGCUGCUCACCUCCCUGUCCCGGGCAGCGCCGCACACCACCACGUGCGACAGCCUCCGCCGCAUAUCGCAGCUGGCAUUUGAAGAAGUGAACGCCGGCGCCAGCACAGCCGAGCACCCCACGGCUUCGCCCGAUCGCACGCUGUUCGUACUGCACGGGCUGCUGGGCUGCGGCCGCAACUGGCGCAGCUGGGCCAAGCGGCUGGUGGAGGGCGCGGCGGCGGCGGCGCCGGCGGCGGGUGGGCCGUGGCGGGCGCUGCUUGUGGACCUGCGAUGCCAUGGCGCCAGCGCCAGGAGGGUCGGGCUGCACCCGCCGCACAACAUGGCCACCGCCGCGGAGGACGUUGCGAGGCUGGUGUUUGAGCAGUGCGGGCAUCACCCCCCGGCUGCCGUCCUGGGCCACUCGAUGGGCGGCAAGGUGGCGCUGGCGUUACUGGAGCACACACGCAGCCGAGGGCCGCAGUCGGCAGCAGCGGCAGAUGCGCCAUCAUCGCCAUCAACAGCAGCAGCAGCGGCAGCGGCAGCUUCCGCAGCCUCUGGGAGUGCAGCCGGCGCGGGACCAGCAGGCGGGAGGGUCGCGGGCCUGAGCAGCGGGGGGCCCCGCGAUGCCACGCCGCGCUCCUCAGCCUUCGCGCCCUUCUCCACCACCUCUGCAAGCGCCGCAGCCGCUGCAGCCUCCCCCUCUGCAGCCGCCGCUGCAGCUGCGGCUGCCACCACCGCCGCCGCCGCACACCGCCGCCACGGGCAGGACGAGGGGCCGACGUGUGCGCCGCCGCGGCAGCUGUGGGUGCUGGACUCGCAGCCAGGGUUGGUGGCGGCGGAGCAGGACGCGGGCACGGGCGUGUCACGUGUGCUGCAGACCGUGCACUCCGUACCGCUGCCCAUCCCCAACCGCGCCUGGCUGCUGAAGCGGCUGCGCGAGAGCGGCCUCACUGACGCGCUCGCGACCUGGCUCGCCAGCAACCUCGCCCCGCUGCACGAGGCGCCGCACAGCCACAGCCACAGCCACAGCCACAGCCACAGCCACGGCCACAGCCACAGCCACGGGGGCGCAGCGGUGGGGGCGGCGGGCGCGGGGCCGCUGACGUGGACGUUCGACGUCGCCGGUGCGGGCGCCCUGUACAUGUCUUACCGCACGACGCAGUACUGGCGCACGUUGGAGGCGCCGCCGCCCGGCACCGCCGUCCACCUGGUGCGCGGCGGCCGCUCCGACCGCUGGCCGGAGGACCAGCAGCGCCGCCUGGCGCAGGCGCUGGCACACGCCCAAGCCGCGGCAACAGCAGCAGCGGGAGCGGGAGCAGGAGCAGGGGCGGGAGCAGGGGCGGGAGCGGCGGCGGCACGGGUGGCCGCUGGCACGUUUGACCUGCACGUGUUGCCCCAGGCCGGCCACUGGCUGCACGUGGACGACCCCAACGGGCUGCUGCAGCUGGUGCUGCCGCGGCUGGUGGCUGGGCAGUAGCAGUUGCAGAAGCAGUAGCGGCGGUGGCGGGUUCAGCACUGUAGCACUAGCGGCGGUGGCGCGUUGAGAUACGGCCCGCACUUGUGGUGCACAGGCAGCGGUGAGGCGGUGGCGUAUGUUUUGGGGUUGGUUUCGCUUGGUCUCUCCCUCUGAAUACGUGCUUUCAUUACAAGAAAGUUAACGGUGACCGGUGAUGUCCCAGUGUAAGGGUUACAAGGGGUCAGACCGCAUAUGCUUGUGUGCCAGCAGUUAGGUGCUGCAAACGCUGUAACCAGCUGUUAACGCUGGCCGGCUGGCGCACAGCUCGGAGCGCCCUGGACGAGGGAGGGGGGCACUUUGGGCGGGGGGACCAGGAGAGCUGCGGAGAGGAUAAACAGGCCGCGGACAAAUGCUGCGUAGGCGCUACGUAAGGCACGUAUCCUAGGCCUCGUGCCCACGCGCAGGAGUACAGAGCACCGGCCGUGCAUGUGUGAUGCGUCCGACCGGCAUAGCCUCCCGCUCUAAC